UAGACAUUUUCUCUGAAAAGUUUCCAAUCUGGUGAUAUCACUUUCAUUUAGUUUCCACAUUUCUGCUCCAUAGAGUAGCACAGACAUCACAUUGCUGUUAAUUACUCUGAUCUUUGCUGCUCUGCUGUAUUUGGUGGACUUCCAAAGAGGAUUAAGCAUUGCAAAUGCAUUCCUGGCUAAACUCAGUCUGUGCUUGAUGUCUUCUGUUGUCCCUCCUGUCUUGUUGACAAUAGCACCAAGACAACAAUAUCAUACAAACAUUACAAAGAUGUCUGAAUCAGGAAGUGAGACGAAAAGCCCUGAUGCAAAAAGUAUAGGAAGCAAGACGUCUAUAAAUGUUAAAAUUCCCUCAGCUGCAAGUAAAAGAGGUGCUACGCCAUCGAAGAGUCCAGGACUCGACGCCCUGGGACCCGAUGAAUUUGGAACCAGGGCUUUAACCACCACUCCAGUUAGUUCCAAGGAUUACCAUGCCGGGACACGCUCCAAUUUAAAUCAGAAUUCCAACAAAGGUCUUCGUCAGCCACAGAAAUCGGAGAGAGAAUUGAUCAGGCAAGCUGCGGCUUCUAUCAUUGAGAGACAGUGGAUUGCAUUCAGAGAUAAGCAGAUGUUUCGUUUACUGAAGCAUGCAGUGUGUGCAGCUGAAAAUUCUCUGUCGAAAGAAAUCUUGAGGAAAGUUUGUCCAAAAGAAGCCGAGCUCCUCAAUGACAAAGUUAACCAAGUCAGAGUCCGGUUCAGGUUCGGUGGUCAGGAAUUCCCUCCUAUGAUUUUCUUCAAGAUUUUUAUUCACACAGAGGGGAAAGGUGUGAAGUAUCUGAGCGGGAGACGUGUGAUAAAACCAGCCACUGAGGCCUCAGAAGAUUCUUUAAGGAAUAUGGGAAACAGGAAGUUCUAUGAUCAAAUGCUGCAAGAUGCCAUGUACAACCAGCAGUAUAAAAUCACGGACGAAAUCGACGUUACGACCCUAAAGGAUUACAUGCAGUACCUGGCCAAUGUGGAUGAGGCUCCAGCAUCACAGGGUGGCAAAGAAAACUACUGGAGGAAGCUGACACUGGAUGUUCUGUCCAGACGAACCAUUUUCUAUGAUGUGAUUGACUACCUGUACAACCAGAGAAUAACUCCCAGACUGCGACAGGAAAUUCCGAUCUUAGUCCAGAGACCAGUGUCACAGGAAAUUAAAGUGCAGCACAUCAGGGCCAUUUCUACUCUCAGGUCCGAGUCUAUACCCAUGGGAGCCCCUUUAACCACGCCCAAGUCCAAGAUGUCCGGGUUUGUCAGUCAGCCUGUCUCCAGUCGACGCUCCCGGCAGGCCAAGGCAAGGGCCUCCAAAUUGCGGAAGAUGUAUGGGUUAGAUAGGAAUGCCUCCUCCUCCAACUCGGAGGGAAGCAAACUGCUGGAUUCACGGGAGCCCACGGCAGUGUCGGAGGAACCCGAUGACUAUUUCGAUAAGUAUGGGAUCACAGGAGACGAUGGGGAGGAUCCAGAGGAGUGGGAGAGAGAAGCCAGCAAGCUUUAUGAGUGGACUCAAGAGCUGUCCUUCAACGAUGACUUGAUAGCCACACCCAGGCUGCCUAUACAAACGUGACCUUUAGGUCAAAGGUCGCACAAAAGUUGUUGUUACAUGUGUGAAGCACUGUCGGAGCACAUGGAUAAUAUUCAUUGUGACACAAUGCUUUAAGCAAUUGUGCAUUUAUUAUUUGUUACACAAUAUUUGAAAUAUGAAUAUACAUGUACUUGUACAGAUUUGUUUGUACUUUUGUUUUUCUGUGUACAUGUAUUUACAAAAUGUGUUUCCAUGGUUAUCUGAUCUAUUUUUUACAAUUUACAUAAAACUAUAGAAAGAAA